AAUUAACAGGGGAUGCAUUAUAUCUAUAGCUCUAUAAUUAGCAGGCAGGACUUCUGGUUGUUUGCGUUCCUCCGUGCUUCUUUGUCCUUGGUUUAUUUCUCUUGCUUCCCAAGCAAGUCAUUUCUUUGCAUGCAUCAUGCUGGUCCUCAAGGCCCUGGGACUCUUCUCCCUUAUUAAUGCGGUGCUGGGAACGUAUGUCUCUCCUUCAAGACACAGAUAGCCUUUGGAUCAAAGCUGACUGGGUAGUGCUCAUGUUCCUGUGCAUCACCAUGUACACCGCUCCACCAAAAAUACCACGGAGUAUGACUAUAUCGUCGUCGGUUCCGGGGCAGGAGGCGGGCCUCUCGCUGCUCGUCUCGCUCGGGGGGGCUACAAAGUUCUCCUCAUCGAUGCCGGAGACGACCAAGGGGACGCUCUGACGCAGAUGAUCCCUGCAAUGCAGCUUCAGUCCACCGAGUAUAUUCCUCAGCGAUGGGAUUACUUUGUCAACCAUUACGACGACCUUGCCCGCCAGGAGCAAGAUUCUAAGAUGGUAUACCGCACCCCUGCGGGAGAUUUACACAAGGGACCCAAUCCUCCGGCUGGGUCAGAGCCCCUGGGUAUCCUAUAUCCGCGUGCUGGAACCCUCGGUGGAUGCACAGCCCAUAAUGCCAUGAUUACGAUCUAUCCCUACGAGCGCGACUGGGAUUACCUUGCUAACCUGACUGGCAACAAUACCUGGGCCGCGUCCAACAUGCGCAGUUACUUCGAACGGCUCGAGGAUAACCGCUAUGCCCCCAGUGAUAUCAUCAACCACGGGUUCAGCGGCUGGCUGCAGACCUCCCUCACCCAGCUCGCGCUCGUUGCGCAAGAUCUCAAGCUUGUUUCACUCAUCGUCGCCGGUGGUACGGCGAUGGGCCAGGACCUUGUCGGGAAGCUCGUUAGCACUGUGACCGGUCUAGCGGGCAUCCUCACUCGCGAUAUCAACACGGGUUUGCCGUCGCGCGACAAGUCCGAAGGUCUCUUCCAGGUUCCUCUCGCCGUCAAGGUCCCCGACUACAAGCGGACUGGACCCCGAGACUUCCUCAUGGACACCGUCAAUGCCGGAUAUCAUUUGGAUAUCCAGCUCACCACCCUGGUUACGAAGGUGAUCUUCAAUCAAACUGGUUCUCGUCCUCGGGCGAUCGGCGUCGAGUACCUGCAAGGGAAGAGUCUGUACCGGGCGGAUCUGCGCUAUGUCAACGCUACCGCCGGCACCCCGGGUAGCGUGUAUGCUAAGAAGGAAGUUAUCCUGUCCACUGGAACAUUCAACACCCCGCAGCUCCUGAAGCUCAGCGGCAUUGGCCCUAAAGCCGAGCUCGCCAAAUGGAACAUCACUACCCUGGUGGACCUCCCCGGGGUUGGCAAGAACCUGCAGGACCGCUACGAGACCACAUUGAUCGGCAAAUCGCCCACGGCCUUUGUCCUCACCGAGAAAUGCACCUUCCUCGAGACCUUCCCCGACCCUUGCUACGACGACUGGAAGAACGGCGUGCUCUUCAAGGGCACCUACAUGACGAACGGGAUUGCCAUCGCCAUUCUCCGCAAGUCCUCUGUCGCGGAAUACGACGAGCCUGAUAUUCUGAUCUCGGGGGCGCCGGCCAACUUCCAGGGCUAUUUCCCCGGAUACGCGCACGAUUCCCUAAAGGACGCUCAGCACUGGGCCUGGAUUGUGCUCAAGUCCCGGUCGCGCAAUAACGCCGGCACUGUUGAGCUACGCUCGGCAGAUCCUCGGGAUACCCCGAUUAUCAAUUUCCAUUCCUUCGAUGAGGGCGUAACGAGCGACAAUGCGGACGAGAAGGAUCUGCAGGCGGUUUACGAGUCCAUGGAGUUCUCCCGGAGUAUCUUCCAGGAUCUCGUCCCUCUUGACGAUGGCUUCACCGAGACCUGGCCCGGCGCUAACGUCACUACCGAACAGCAGAUGAAGGACUUUAUCAAGCGCGAGGCAUGGGGUCACCACGCCUGCUGCACUGCGCCUAUUGGACCCGAUGACGAUCCCAUGGCUGUGCUGGAUGGUGACUUUAGGGUACGUGGUGUUGAUGGCCUCCGCGUUGUAGAUGCGUCGGUGUUCCCGAAGAUCCCGGGGUAUUAUAUUGUCUUGCCCGUUUAUAUGAUCAGUGAGAAGGCUGCGGACGUUAUUCUGGCUGAUGCUUAAUUUCUCCUUGUUGUAUGUCACUGGUUGUGCCGGCUUUUAUACAAGUCCAUGUCAUCGUAAUAUUUCACUUCGCAUAUCCGUUGGCUAAUACUAAAGAAUCACAUAUCAUCAAUAUGUCCAAGAAAC